AUGUCCCUCAUCGCCAUCGCGGUGACUGUUAUCUCACAGAUCUUUAUGAUUGUGCGAUGGGCAAAUGGCAUCCAAGGACUUGAAGUAUUUUACUGCUUGCCGUGGGCCAUUGGAUGUGGACUUUUCUUUUCGCCACAGUUCCUCGCGUUAACAAUUUGUUCUCCAAAAGAGCAAAUAGCCAGUGCUACUGCGGUGUACUAUCUGUCCCAACAGGUGGGACAUGUCAGCGGCACUAGUACCAGCACCGCACUUCUCCAGCAAAUCUUCCGCUUUCGACUCGAUAUCAGUCUGGACAACAUUCCUGUAACUCAGAGAAAUAUGUUGAUCAAGAACAUUCUCAAAGACUACAAAUUUAGCACAACAUUGCCACCGGCACUCCAGGCUCUGGUAUCAUCCAGUCACAUCGAGGCCUAUCGUUUGAUUCUAGGAAUGUCAAGUUAUUGCCGCUAG